AUGGGUGAAAAUGGGGAACUACCAGAGGGCAAGCUGGAGAAAGCUCGCCCGCCUCCUUCCUCGCCUCCCCAGCAGUGGCCUCACUGCUCGCGGACUGAUGCUGUGGGACUUUGGUCUUCCCCUGCUCGGCCCAGCCGAGCUGCCUCCAACUUAGGUCUGGAGAAUAAGAAAGCUGCUUCCCACCCCGAGUCGUCAUGGCAACAGCCAGUGAACGUGUUCCUCUCCUCCAGCCGGCCCCCAGGUGUGGAGGAGCUGUACCAGGAAGCCGAGCUUAAUCUCCAGAGCUUGCUACAAGAAGAAUAUGAGGAACAGUACUCUGAGGCCAGGAUUUCUGGGCAGACCUUCCGCACCCCGGCCCCAGAUGAGCCCCCGGAGCCCACCAUCAGCUCACGGCCACAGCCUGCCAAGCGCCUGGAGUUUGUGUUGAUGCCCACGAGCCGAAGAGGGAACGGAGACAAGACCACCACUCAGGGUGUGAGGCCCCCCGAGUCCUCUCUGAGCCUGCCCGCCUCUCCAGACAAGCAAAACACCUGGAACAGACCCUUCCCGUUGCCCAUCCUGGAGGAGAAGAGGUGGCAUCCAUCGUGUUCCACCCAAGGCAGCAUUGUGCCCAUCAAUGUCUCUGGGCAGCAGUUUGACAAACAUGCGAGUCUGCGACAUUCCUUGUUUAACACGGAGACUGCGGUGAACCCCAAGUCCACCCUGAGGCGACGACGGACCAUUAUUGGCUUCCCUCAUCUUUCGCUGCGAGACCAAGGUCGGAGCAACGGGCAAAUACACUCUGCCUCCAAAGAGUCCGCCUCCUGGAACGCAGCUCCAGACGUGGCCAACGGAAGGGGGCUGCCCGGCCACGAAGCAUGUUCCCCAAAGCUGAUUGCUCCAGCACCGAGAAAGACACCCAGUGACCCAGGAGAGUCUUGCCCAGCGAAGAGCGGCCCGGCUUCAGCCAGCAUGGAGGGCGUGGGGAUGGUGUAUAGUGUCCCCUCUUCCUGCAAUGGACCAAAGGAUUCCACAUUCUCUCCUCCUCCGUGGAAAGGGAGCUACUUUAAUUACAUGAGCCCGACCAGUCCCGCUCCCGGCGAGGGCAGCCAGGUCAAAGAAAAUGGGAAAUCUCGUCCUCCGGGCAGUUCUCAGGGCUCUCUCGACGUCCUCAGCCCUGGCAACUUGGAAGGGUUUGCCGGCUCAGUUUUGGCUGCUCAGGGUGAGCAGGCGGGGAGCGGUGGAUCGGCUUGCUGCCCCGAGUCCCUGACUCCAAGAAGCCAAGAGCCAGAGAAAGACUGCAGAGGGGCUCCCUUGCCCGGCCCCCAAGGGGGGGAAGGGGAGCCCUCAAGGCUAGAGUCAGACCUAAGUGCCUGUAGAUUCCGGGAGAGGUCACUGUCUGUGCCUACAGACUCGGGCUCUGUGUGCUCAGCGGACGGGGGCUGUGGAGAGGACCAGCAGGGCAGUGAAACUGGCACUCUCGCCUACCCCAGCGCCAGUUCAGAGGGCAGAGCCAGUACCGACAACGUCUCGUCCCUUGGAGCCGAGCCCAGACCGAGGAGGACCAAGAGUAUCUCCCUCAAGAAGGCCAAAAAGAAGCCUUUGCCACCGAUGCGCAGCGUCUCCCUGGUCAAAGACGAAGCCGUCCUCCAGCCGGAGGGUGGUCCCGGCCUGCCCAAGGACCAGAGGCCUAGAAGCCUCUGCCUUCCCCUUGAACACCAGGGCCAUCAGUUUCCCCCGACAGAUGCUCAGGGCCACCCAGCUGUGCCUCCUCUAAGGGAAACGGAAGGCACACACUUCUCCCACCACUGGUAUCUCACUGACUGGAAGUCUGGCGACCCCUACCGGUCUCUGUCCAGCUCGAGCACUGCCACUGGGACCACAGUGAUUGAGUGUGUGCAGGUGAGGGGGAGCUCCGAGUCUCUGGCCUCCCCCUCCACCUCUAGGGCCACCACACCUUCCCAGCUUUCCACUGAGGCAGAAGCCCGGGAGGUGUCAUCGCCAGGGAGGCCAACAGGACUGAUGUCACCUUCCAGUGGCUACUCAAGUCAGUCGGAGACGCCAACACCCACCGUCCCCACCACGUCGACGAUGCUGGGUCACUUACCGCACCCAAGCAGCGGUGGCCGGGUGCGGCCGGUGGUCCCAGAGAGGAAGUCGUCCUUGCCGCCAGUGUCGCCGAUGGAGAAGAGCCCCAAGUCACAGCUGUCAUUUGACCUACCACUGACCCCUCCAGCCCACCCGGACACGGCAGGGAUGAAGAUCUCCCUCCGGGGCAAGGCCAAGGUGAGCCGGCAUCACUCAGACUCGACCUUUGGAGCAAAGUUGGCCCAGAAGACCAGCCCCAACCAGCCGAUCAUGCCUGUGGUCACCCAGUCCGACCUACGCUCCGUCCGACUGCGAUCGAUCAGCAAAUCGGAGCCGGAAGACGACGUCGAUAGCCCGGACCCAGCUGAGGAGCCUGGGCCGGAAGUCUUUACCCUGCCGGAGAGAAAGGUAAAACCUCCGGUGGCCGAAAAGCCUCCCGUGGCCAAAAGGCCCCAGAACCUGGUUCCCAAGGAGCCUCUGCCAGCUUCCCCUGCCCUGCUCCUGCCUACCGAGAAUCCGGCCAGCCAGGCCAGGCCCUCCCCUCAGGAUAUCUAUAUGGUUGUGCGCAAGCCAAAGGCUCUGAGAAGCCCCACCAGCCAGAGCCCACUGGCAGCACUGGCACCUUCCCUGAACUCCUCCUUGGAGGGCUUCUCCCUCGGGACCCUGGAAGAGGAACGCCCAAGGAUGAGGUCCGUGCCAGAGAGGGCCAGUGUCCAGAGUGCGGCUGAGGUGGAGAAAAGGAGGAGCAAGGUUCCCCCUCCGGUGCCCAAGAAGCCCAGUGUGCUACACCUGCCCGCCGCCUUGCCCUUACCACAGCCGGGGGCCAGUAUGGGAGAGUCAAAGCUGGCUCCCAGUCCCAUCAUCACCCUGGAUGAAGAGGUCGGCGCCCAACUGAGCCCCGAUGACCUCCACUCCCCAAACACCAAGGAGGAGCUCUUUAAACCACCAGCCGACAGCGCGACAGAGGCGGGCCUUGCAGGAAGUUUUGCAAGUGACAAGACAGCAGACUCCAUAGCAGAAGAUGAUGACGAUGUAUUUGUGACAGCUCGUACGACCGAAGACUUAUUUACAGUCAUCCACAGGUCCAAAAGGAAGCUGCUUGGCUGGAAGGAGCCCGGUGAGGCCUUUGCCAGUGGCAGAUUGAGUUCCCAUCCAACAGCCAAGAACCCAGCUGGCUCACCAACCAGUGAGGCUGCUACCACAGGUGGCGGCGGUGGCAGCAGCAGCGGUGGCAGCAGCGGCGGCGGCAGCGGCAUUAGAACCACCAGCAGAAAUGAAGACUUCAAGGCUCUACUCCAAAAGAAAGGGAGUAAGAGCAGCACUGGCUCCCGGCCGUCAGCGGCAGAGCUGCUCAAGACCACCAACCCCCUGGCUCGCAGAGUUGCCACAGAGUUUGCUGGGGACCAAGACAGCCCCAACGUGCCUGGUACCUAA